UGGCAUGCUACAGCCACAAGAGGGAGCUAUUGCAAAAGCCCAAAUGUUCCAGACUCCAUGCGCGAUGCGCUCACAGUGUUCGUUUACAAUGGACUGCUGCGUAAGAUUAGGACCUGCACGGUGGAGCUGGAAGGAGAUCAUCCUGUCUGUCCUGCCUGGAAUCAUGUCCUAGCCGUGUGGACCUACCUCGCCAAAUACCUGUAGUCCUCCAACUCUGGCGGACUUCAGGAUUUCUUGUUUUAUCACAGGCCAUUUGGAAUUACAGGUAUUAAAAAAUAACCGCAUGUGAAGCAAUUGGUCUACGAUCAAUGAUGGACGUAAACUUGGAUAAAACCUCGCUGGGUGCACAAUGCUGGCUUUUCUUUCAAGUUCAUGCCAUGCCUGUGUGUGUCUGAAGUACAAGGAGAAUGGGAGUCUCGUCAUCUCACGAUAACGUCUGGAUGUAUUUACUCCCCUAUGCGACCUUGGGACUUCAUUCUGUAACCUUUUUGCUGAGAGGAGACCAACUUCUAGGAAGUAUUGAAAUGCAAGCCAUCUAACACGAGCAACACGCACGCCCAAACAGACUCCUGCGGAGGACCAUCCUUCUCCAUGCAGACCGCCAGAAGUGUUUCGCUCCUGUUACCCACGGCUACGACGCAGACACAACUUCCUAACGUUGCUUUUUGAGUCCAUGAAAGAAUGACAGUCAGAGAUCACAAGAGGGGCCAAGGAAGUUGACAUCUGUUGGUUUGGACGUAGUAACAUAUCAGCUCAAAACAUAACGACAAACUAAAGUAUUUCUAACAGGCAACGCGGGUCUUGGAUACAAGUUUCCUUGUUUCACUACCCCCCCCUCGAUGCGACAACCCGCAGAGUAUGGGGUGUGUCAAAUCCAAGCGGAGUGAAUCGUCUGAGGAGAAGGCCAACUCUGCAGAGCAGUCCGACGGUGAGGCCAAGGGGAGGUCGCGGGGGGAGAAGGCCUACCUAGUGCACUCUGAGACGGGCUGCGACGCGGACCCCGAGUCCCCCACGGCCAGGGUCAACCCGGUAGUGCUGGAGUACGCCCAGAGGCUGUCGGAGGAAAUUGUGUCGCGGGCAGUGCAGCAGUGGGCCGACAUAGAUAGCCGCUACAGCGACAUCCCCUACAUCGAGUGUGACGUCCCGUGACAGCGUGGGCUGGAGGACGGGAGUUCCCCCAUCAGCAGCUGCUACUGCUGCUGCUGUUGCUGCUGCUGCUGCUACAACUGGCUGAGGUCCAUCAGAUGUCACCAGUUACCCAGCUGAAUCCCGCUCUUUCUCGACCGGGACAUGGGUGGCCAGAUUCACGUGAGGAUUAACACCUGGAUUAAAUCUGACCCCUGCCAGACCCACCGUAGUAUUUGUUUGUCGUCAUACUAUUGGAUAUUAGAAUAACUUCCGGAUGUCCCCAUACUGCCUUGCCAUGGGGCUCACAUGACACUUUUUGGGAGGGAAUCUUGAGAUGCGGCAAUGUCUACCUGCUGGGAAUGUGGGUGUACAUGUAUGUAAAACGGCAGAGGCAGGACACACAAAUCUAUUAACUGCUGGCCUCGCCAGUCGAAUCUGGCUGAAGCAGACCCUCUAUAGCCGGAUAUUACCUUCACUAGUAUCCCUUCCAUCUCCUAACCCCUGUGUGGGGAUUAAGAGUGCCAAGAUUUCUAUGUACGGUAGUUGCCAUCGAUUGCUUAGUUCGACCCCCAACAUGAGGUCUACUGUUGGCCAUUGGCAAUCGCCAUGGGGCCAAAUCUCUCUCCUCUUACCGGGAGACUCGCUAAAAGGGGAGAGCAAAUGUUCGGGUCACAAGUCUUUGGGCUGGGGAGAGAUACAAGGACCAGACACUCACCUCCCCACCGGCUCAGCAUCCGGCUGGCUUGAGAGACACUUUGUGGGGGCAGGCUAAUGGCCUCCCUGGAGAUGUUGUGGUGUUGCCACAUCAAGGCGCAGCCUUAGUUCCAGCCCCUGCCUAGUGCACUCCUAAGAAAGACCCCAGCAGCACAGAUCAUCCGUCCGGUCUAACCCCAUCCCAACAUGGAGCUCAAAGUAGGUCACUUAGUGGCGGCGCAGGGACUUUGGUGUAGCGCUGCACCUGCAGGAACUGAACUUGAGUUGAUGCUGUGUGCGGUUGACAGUCCUGCCGUCACCUCUGAUACAAAGAGCAAACAAAAAAAAGUGGCUUCUUAAAAGAAUAGUAAGAAAACAACCCUUUUCAUUCCAAUCAAUUCUGUGUUGUCUGCGGACCAAAGAGGGAUAUCUGCAAUCUAUGCUGCAGGGGGAAGCGGUGGACAUAUGCAACCAUAAACGCCUGUGAUACUUUAACAGCUCUUUGAAAUAGUGUGGUGCUAUGAUGAGAUAAGAUGAGGAUCAGAAGGUACAGCGGUUCCACUGGGACUACAAAAAUGGUCACAGCUGCCAAUAUCAUUUAUGAAGUGUUAUGAUGAAGCACAAUGCAUCCUAGCUAGUUAUUGAUCCAACAUAAAGGCCGAAACACGACCCUGUUCCCUGUUCAGUGGGCUGAUGUAGGAUGUAAACAUCAGUUCACUAGAGAGCAACCUCUUGGAACCUAAAGGGAAAAGCUGAUGUCAGUGGUAUUUACGUGUGUGUUGUUUGCCAAACCCAAUAUGUACUCUAAGUCAAAGAAUGACCAACUGCCACCCAAACCCCUUUAAAAUAGACCCUGCUCUUGUUAGAAAUGUUUUGAAUUUGCGGUCGUGAUAACAAGCCUGAAAUGACUGGUACCAAUAUCAGCAACAUAAUUCACUACAAUAAUAAUUACUAAGCCAUAGAAACAAUAGUGGGGAAUUAUAUCCAGUUGCCUUAUGCCCAGAACUUGGCCUUUAAUUAUUCUUGUAAACACAAAUAUGUCAUUGAACUGAAAAUAUGCAGAUUUCAUUGACGGGUAUUAUUUACCAAUGAGGUUGAUAGAAAAACCCAAGCAAAUGUGGUUAUGGUAUCUCAGAUCUCCCAUGAAGAGAACCUCUUUUAUGUAGAAAAAUAUCGAUCUUGUCGUUUGUGAUUCACCCUUUUCGUAAAGGUCCCAUGGCAUGCCACCAGGUGUGGUGUGAUUAGCCGGUACAAGCCGUUUUGGAAAUCUGCCCCUUAUGACAUCACAGGUGGGCGUGCCCACUUAGAUGUGUGCUGGAUAGAUCAGCCUACCAGCCUACCCAGUGAACUGUAGCAAACGUUGCUCAUCUAUUGUCACACAUCUAGGUGGACAUGCCCACCUGUGAUGUCAUAAGGGGCAGAUUUCCAAAACGGCUUGUAGCGGCUAAUCACACCACACCUGGUGGCAUGCCGUGGCAGGACUUUCAAUAAUAACUUUUCAAAUCCUAUGUUUAAAAAUCCUAUAAUGUUGGUGAACGAUUUAAAAAACAAUAAUUUAAAGGGAUUUGAUUCAGAAAAUGUAAUUGUGCUUUAGUGAGCUAAACCGCCCUGCAUUCAGCAUUUACAAAGGCGGACAAAAAACAAACAAUAUUUGCACUAAUCUUGGUUGGGUAAUUAAUCUGACUCUCCAAAACACAGCCAGAGAAACAUGGAAAUAAAUGUAAAGAUGACUUACCUUGACACAAUUCUGCUCAAAGCCACAAUACUAAUUAGAUGUAAUGUGUGUUGUUCCAAAUAAAUAAUUCUGCCAGAAUAAUUUUAUUAUUUUAUUUUUCUCUAGCUUUUUCAGAACAUGAAUGGGAAACAUGACAUGGUAUGCAAGGAGGGUUUACAGUUAGUUGUUUGCUCAAAAUGUUGUUUUGUCCUCGCAAAUACCAUAGGUCUACCAACGUCUCAUGUUCCUAUCUAGCGAACCUCUGAAUGGUUGGAAGCUUUGUCCAUGUUUUAGGCAGACUAAUUUUAGGCAAAUGCAGUGAUAGAAGUCUGUCCUCUAGGCUGGGGACCGCAGGUUUGGAAACAAAGUCCUACAUUUUGGCUAACUAUGUUGCAGGCAUUUUACGAGUGAGUAUGCAUUUUACUAUUCACCAUUAAUGUCAAUACCGGGAAACCUGUUAGUAUGGUGUGUGUUUACAGCUAGACAAACAGAAAAAAUAUUUCACCAGUUUGUUUCCCGGUCAAGUGUAAUACCAAAAGAGGUUACUUAUCAUAUCCAGUUUUAUUGUUGAAUAAAGUGUUGACAGGAUGAACACAAAUUGAACCAGUGGCAUCAACGGCCAACAGAAAGCAUAGUGCUCAUAUACAAAGCCAAGUAACUAAAGGACAGUGGGUAUAAACUUCACCAUGAACUUGGGGCCAACCUUUUCCGCUAAUACAUGCUAGUUGGGUCGCGCUGUCUGAAAGAAUGCCUGGUUGGUUUUUACCUCUGGCCAUAUCUUGUGAUUACUUUUCAUGAUUAAUGCUGGAACGUGACGUUGAACAAAGAGUAAAAACUAUGUUGAAGUGACUUGACCUUUCCCAAUACGUAGUUCUAAUUAUGUGUAACUUAUGUUUCCCCUUCUCAUAUUAUUCUUCCAUGGAACUCAGCUAAUUGUACCACUUAUUUAGAGGAUAGCUGUGCUGUAAGCAUUGUACUCUGUCUUAUAAAAGGGAUCAAGCAAAGGGAAUUUUGUUCAUAGUUGUGAUUGUGGCUUGUGAAUAUGGGCCUGAUUCAACUGAAUUAUCAUAUAUGAUGUGCAUUUGUAAUGUCUUCAAUUUGGUGGCUACAUCUGCUUCUUCUUUGGAGUUCAGUUACAGUGUUUGAAUUAAAUAUUCUGUUCAAACUCAA